GGCGUCUGUAACAAAGGAAAUUCCGCGUAUGCUUAUGCUAUUGUUUCCGUGCGCGUUUGCGUAUAAUAGAAUUGUAGGAAAAAAAGAGGAAGAGCGAACUUACAGGUGCGAUGCGAAGCUUGUUCUUCUUCCUCGACACGAUGACGCGUAUGAAAUUCCUCAAGGCGGAUUCUCACGAAGCUAUGUGCGUCGCCCCGUCACACGCAUUAUGCGUAAAUAAACGUAUACCGUUUCUGUACAUAUGUACACAUAUAUAUAUGUAUCUACUUUUGUAGAUACGACUCGCUACGGUGUGCAAUUAAACAUACGGUGAAGUUUGACAAUUGAUAGUUUUGACAGAUCUGACAUUCGAGACGCCGCGCGAUCUUUUGUUCCCUUCAUUGUCGGUCGACAGGUAGAUCGACUUUAACAAUGAGACAUUUUUGAGGCGAGGUUCUCAUGGACAUUACUUGUAAGAGUAAAAACCGCAUCCUUCAAAUGGAGCGUGUUUUCAAAGCUGUACCAGCGGAUUUAAGAGUAAAAAUGGAGGCCCUUGUGCACGAUUUGACUUUGGCACUUGAGGAAAGCAGCAGCAGUGUAAAUCUCAGACGCAGAUGGGGCAUCAGGAGAAGAGCUCGCUCUACGGGGAAUAUUCGUAAGUCGGCUUUGAGUAUGAACAAACAUUCAGAUGACAGCUCAUCUUCUAUAUGUGAAAUUCGCAUUUCAAAAACUGCCAAUGUUUCAAAAUAUCAAUCUGACAGCGAUGAUACAAAUCAGACCAAACGUUUCGCACAUUUCUCAAACUUAAAUAAUGCAAGUAAUAUCGAGAGUGACUCGGUAAAUGAAAAUUUUGUACCAAGAGCAAACACAAGACGCAAAAGAAAAUUUAAAAAAAUGGCUAUUGAUUCUGACUCUAACGCAUCCACUUCUCAAGCAGUGGCAAUUAUGUCAACUUCAACAUUCAGUGGGAAAAAACGUAUUUUUCGAAAUGAUUGUAAAAAUAGAUAUAGCGCUAUAUGGUGCGGAAAACGUAAAAGAUCGUGUAGGGAGCGUUCCAUAGAUUGCGAGAUGAGAAUAUCUAAGCCAACUAAAAGUGCGAAACCGAAAAAUCGAGGUAAAAUGCAAGGCGAAGAUACUGUAGAUCAUUCGCGUAUAUCUAGUUCAAGCAUUUCGUCUAGUGAUUCAGAAGCAGGUCUCAUUACUAAUGACGAAGAUAGAGAAGGAGAUGAUGAACAGUCGGAUUGGAUCGGAGAGUCGAGUUGGCGGGAUGAUGGAGAUAGCACCAGUGACGAUAAAACCACGUCAGAUCCGACUCUUCAAAUGAUAUUGCAUGGCGAUCAUUCGGCGAUAGCUGAAGCCAAGAAGAAUUAUAAACAAAAAUUACAACGUAUUCGCGAAGUAUAUCUUAGCGGUAGAGAGAUUCGCGCUGGGCGACGUCACGUUGAUAACAAACCGGGUUAUUCCAUUAUAACAUCGGCUAAUGAGAAAGUCUCACGAUUCUUGCAAGAUCCCACUCAGAGCGAGCUGAAACUGCAUCCCAUGCGACAACCCGAACGAGAAAAACUACGUCGACUUGCCAACUUAUACAGUCUAAGUUUGAAAGGCGAUCUAGGCUGCCCGAUAUUGUACAAAACACGACAUACGACACAGGCUGUGUGCGUGGAUCAAGUGUCAUUGAACAGACUGUCAGACUAUAAGAGAUUGCGAAAAACGCCUCCCAAUUCACCGAAUUCAGAUUCCACGAUGCAAACCGAAGAACCGCAGACUUCCAGUACAAGCUUUGGCUUAGAGAUUAUACAACAAGGGCAAAAUAUACUAGCAGAUUUACAAACAUUUUCUUCGAUUAAAUGGGAUAGCGAAAGCAUGGAUAUCGAGAUUCAACAAGGACAGUCAAAGUUUCCUGACUUUGGACAUUCCAAAUCAAGUUAAAUUUAUAUAUAUAUAUAUAUGCGUGUGUUUUAAUGUAGCAGCUAC